CACGGCCGAGUCCUCUCUCCUUUUAUUCCUGAGCCCGCCCGGGAUUCAGGUGGGCGGCUACAAAAGCAGGUAAUAUGAGCCCAAACCGCCCUCUCCCACUCCGAGUGCUCCCGAAGAGAAGCGAACGCCACCUCUGACAAAAGCCAGGCUGGAGUGGCGCGGACGAAGAGCUCUGGGAAAAUUUGGGAUUCGAACUCAACAGGUACCGGGUUAUGUUCUUUUUUUACAUUUUGCUCCUUCAGCUGGUGCUAACGUUGCUUGCGUUUCCUCACUGCUCAAGACAACUGAAGGAAUCAGAUGCAGUGAAAGAAGUGUUCAUCUCAACAGAGGAAGCCAAUUUAUUCAUUGGACGACACCUUCUAUACAACAGAUUUGACUUCGAACUAGUAACCCCAGGGGAUCUUGAAAGGGAAUGCAAUGAAGAAUACUGCAAUUUCGAGGAAGCAAGAGAAAUUUUUGGAGACCAAGAAAAAACAGUAAUUGCUUUACUUUUGCUGGCCUAUAAAGGAGAUAUUUCAAAGAUCUUAUUUUGGAAGAAAUAUAUCAUGGAGGGUCGUGGCAGAUAUCAAGAGGAGCAAGCAAUGCGGAAGAUUGAUGUUAUGGGACUUUUGACUGGCUUGGUCGCAAUUGGAGUACUGUUGAUCAUAACUGGGUUACUUAUUUAUUUUCUCUGCCAAAAGAAGUGCAAACAAAGACAUCUACCACGGGAUAGAAGCUACAGGAGGCGUAAUUCUUCCAUCAUCUUUCAAAGACACGAAGAGAUUUCCUUAAACCCUCUCUCUCCAUGCACAGAACACAAUGGAUUGCCAACUUAUGAACAAGCAAUGGCACUAAGUGGCAAUUGUGAAGUUCCACCCCCGCCAUAUCCAGGCCCUUCAAGAGCACUUAGGGCAUUCAAGAAGUCUCUCUCUCUUCCUGUUUAAUUAAGAAACGGGGCUUGUAGAAGGCUUGAGAAUUAACCUGGAGAGAAGAAGAUGUAUAGCUGAAAUGCUGCAGCAUUGUGCUCACUUCAGGAGUCUUUCACAGGGUGAAAGGGAUACAGCUCUUCAGUGUGCCUGAGAGGAAGUGAAGUGUGUCAGGUGAACAAGGAAUGCACCCUUAAGCAAUGUGCUGAUGGCUAAGGAUGAACAACUCCUUUUGUUAUGCUUCAUUUUAGGUGCUAAGAACUGUAGUGAACUUCUCUGAUGCAUUCUGAGCCAAUUGGUGCAAUCAGUGCAUUGAUUUGCCAGCCUUUGUGUCUCUCACCAACUUAGCACUUUCAUUAUGAAUUUUUUAAAUUAAAAAAUACCAAUUCAGAUUGGUAAUAAAGUGGGAAUGAUAAUAUGAAUAAACACAGGAUCCUUGCUUUGAACUACUUUUAACCACAAUAAAAGGAAGAGCUGGUAACAUAAUAUAAAUGGAAUAUUUCUCAAACUCUGAACAACUUAAACUGUGUUUUUUAAACUAGCAAAAACAGAUGUUCAAUUGAAUGGUGCUUCCUCCUCAUUUGCCUCUGAGGCACAUUAAAUGAUGAAUCUUAAGACCUAUUUCAUCGGAUGCAUGAAGUAUUACCCCAAGUUACAGGUAAAUGAGGGGGAAAGAAGAAGAAUGGAAGUUGAGAGAAAACAUGCUAUUAGCAGUGGCCAUUCACAACACAGUCCUGGUAUCGGUUAGCUAAUUAACAUGAGGCAGAUUUAUCAAAACUUGCAUUGAAGCCACUGAAUUAACUAUGUUUGCAUUUUAUUUCUUACGUAGCCUACUAUUCAGAAAGUUUGAGAUCCAGUAGCCCACACAAAGUGCAGGUAUAUUUGUUGCAGAAUACAGUGGUACCUCGGUUUAAGUACACAAUUGGUUCUGGAAGUCUGUACUUAACCUGAAGCGUACUUAACCUGAAGCGAACUUUCCCAUUGAAAGUAAUGGAAAGUGGAUUAAUCUGUUCCAGGUGGGUCCAUGGAGUACUCAACCUGAAGCAUACUUAACUCGAAGUAUGAGUGUAAUUGGUUCUGGAAGUCCGUACUUAACCUGAAGCAUACUUAACCUGAAGCAAAAUUUCCCAUUGAAAGUAAUGGAAAGUAGAUUAAUCCAUUCCAGACAGGUCCGCGGAGUACUUAAACUGAAAGUACUCAAACCGAAGCGUACUUAAACCGAGGUAUGACUGUACUUAAAAAGUAUAUUAUCUAUUUCUGGCAGCAAUGUUUAACCAAAGGAGCUAAGCAGCUAAGGGAAAUGUGAAAUAGCUACUGCCAUGGGGUGAGGAACAGUGCAUGUCCUGUUUUCAGGAAAGAAGCAUGUGCAAUAUUCUGUUCAAGUGUUUGAUUUCUCCACCUACAUUCCAAAGCAGAGAAAUAGUCCACACCCACCCACUGGAGACUGUACUGUAUGAACUUUGGGGACAUUUUACACAUUACCCACAACAACAAACCCGAGGCUCUCCAGCAUGUACACUCGCAAGCAGAAACUGCUAAUCUUGGCUUCCUGGAUGAGACACGUGUAUGACACUUCUCACGUGGACAGCUUUAAACAUUCACAGUUUUGUAAACUGGUAGUCAUACAAGCUAAAAUAGUGCACGAGGGAGGAAAAAAAAUCUGAGGAAGGAGUGUCCGCUUGGGUCCAGAACUUCCAGCUCAGUCACUGAAAACCAUUUUCACCUGCACACAAAAAGAUGACAAAGCAUUCCCCACCGCACAGCAGCCCACACGGGUCCUUACGGCAGCCCAUCCGAAGUAUGCAAUCCCCAGUCGCCAUACCAGGCUUCCGCUACACCGAAGCUUGUCA